ACGAAAUAGAGCAAGCCUUAAGUGCCCCUGCCCUAAAGAGGUGAACUUUUUGAGCACAGAAUCUUGGGUUUUGGUCCUGUCUCUGCCACCUACUGUGUGGCCUUGAGCAAAUCCAUUGUCUUCUAUCUUUAGCUUGCUUUUGCAUAACAUGGGUGAGGGCCUUCUGACCUGCAGGCUCUUGUCCAGUUCUCCCUCACUGUCCUCCAGCAGGUACUCCACGGAGGCCCAGACCCCUCUGCUCCCCAUGGGCAGCUGCCAGGCAGGGCACAACCUGCAUCUUUGUCUGGCUCAUCACCCACCUUUGGUCUGUGCCACUUUGAUCCUGCUGCUCCUUGGUCUCUCUGGCCUGGGCCUUGGUGGCUUCCUCCUCACCCAUACAUCUGGCCUACGUAGCCCUGACAUUCCCCAGGAUUGGGUUUCCUUCUUGAGGUCUUUUGGCCAGCUGAGCCUGUGCCCCGUGAAUGGGACAGUCACAGGGAAGUGGCCAGGGCCUCAUGUCGUUGGCUUACUGACUACUUUGAACUUCGGAGAUGUUCCAGAUAGGAACAAAACCCAAACAUUCCAAGCCAAGGUCCAUGGUAGUCAGAUAGGAUUGAAAGGGUCCUCUGCAGGAGAGUCUAUCCUCAUCACAGCCAGAGUGGCCUCAGGAAGGACUCCAGAGACCUGCCUCUAUUUCAGUGCUGUUCCAGAAAUCUUGCCUUCUAGCCAGCCACCAAUAUCCUGCUCAGAGGAGGGAGCUGGAAAUGCUACCUUGAGCCCAGUGAUGGGUGAAGAGUGUGUCAGGGUCUGGAGCCAUGAACGCUUUGUGCUCACCAAGCUCCUUACUUCGGAAGAGCUAGCUCUGUGUGGCACCAGACUGCUGGUCCUGGGCUCGUUCCUGCUUCUCUCCUGUGGUUUUCUCUGCUGUGUCACUGCUAUGUGCUUCCAUCCACGCCUAGAGUCCCACUGGUCCCGAACACGGCUUUGAGGGCACCAGCCUGCUCCUUACUCUGGUCUCAGGUGAAGAUCAAAUUCUUGGGCCUACUUCUGAGUUUAGAAGACAUAUUACAAAAAAAGAAGAUCUGGAAUGUGGAAAAAUAAAUGGCUUUUUGAUCA